CUUGAUUCUAUUUUAAUAAGAUGGAAAGGUUAUGUAAAAAAUUGCAGAAGUUUAACUAAUUAACGUAAAACCUGGAUAUGUCAGACCAACAACCAAUUUAUCCACACCAAAGCAUUCCAGGUAUUGAGUAUCGUAUGGUAGCAGACUAUGAGCCACAGGACAAAGACAGAUGUAUACGAUGUAGGGCCAACGACACUGUUAUUGUUAAACUGCCGCUAAAUUUUGCUUUUACGGGCACUGACAAGCACCCAGAAGGCUGGCUAUACUGCACCAACCUUCAAACGGACGAGACAGGUUACAUUCCUGCUGAGUAUGUGGAGUACGUGCAGACUGUUGUCCCGAGACCGGCGCCUCGUGAAAGGCCCUUGUUACCCCCUGUACCUGAGGUGGUUGAUGAAGCAGAAGUCCCUCCUGUUAUCCCUCCCCGCUGUGGUAGUGACAGCAGACCACAAGUGAACAGCAACUACGUACCAGUGCCCAUAAAUGUCAAUGUUUCAAAUGGAUCAAAUUCUCCCCGACCACAUCGUCCAUCUCUAUCACAAUCCUUGCAGGACCAGGAGUGGUACUGGGGCAGUGUUACAAGGGAAGAAGUCAAUGCCCAGUUAAGUGAUGAACAAGAUGGGACGUUUCUUGUCCGAAACUCUGCCAACAGUGAUCGCGAGUAUACCCUAACAUUAAGAAAAGGGGGUAGCAACAAACUUAUUCGGAUUAUGAGUCGAAAUGGAAUGUACGGUUUUGCAGAGCCGCUUAUUUUCAAUUCAGUCAUACAACUUGUGAACCACUAUCGAAAUGAACCUCUUACAAGAUAUAACCCUGACCUGGAUAUAACGCUCAGGUAUCCAGCUCCAAAACAGCAAGCAACAACAGAAUUGUCGGACGAAUCUAAAGAAGCUUUGUUCCGAGCUUUAUUGGAGGACGAUAAAACUUUUAUCAAGAUUAGCGACGAUUACCAAGACAUAUUUGCAACUUUCAAUGCAAGGCAACAGGACAUUCAAAACAUGAAGACAGCCAUUAGUGCGUAUGAGGAAACGAUAUCGAUGUUUAAAGAACAAUGUUCAACACUAACUACUUACAUGGACCAAGCACAAGGCAGUCAUGAAGAACACAGGUUAAAGGAAAAUUUCCGCCGUAUGCAAACGCGACUGUUGUUUAUUGUAAACCAAUGUGAGGACCUACGGACACAACUUGGUCAGGAGAUCCAAGAGAACAGGGAAAGAGAUAGACGGCUUAACAGCAUCAAAGCUGAUAUGUACCAGCUCAAGAAACUAAGGGACUCCCGGAUUUCUCACUUAAAAGCUAUGCGGAUCAGUGAAGAAGUGAUCAAUAACCAGCUACGUAUAGAUGAGGAAGAUGAAAAUGAAGGAGUCUAUCAUCUUCCGGACUCCGUCAACCUCCGAGAGAAGUAUCCCGACCAUUGUGUUGAAACCAACUGGUUCUUCCCAAGAUAUGGCAGGAGAGAAGCAGACGAGGUUUUACGCGGAACACCCAACGGUACCUUUCUUAUCAGGGAACGUAACGGACCUCCGCCAUACGCUUGUUCACUCGUUGCCAAUGGAAAGGUACACCACUGUCUUAUCGAGCAAACCGAUGAUGGUUACGGUUUUGCAGAACCGUUUAAUCUGCACCUGACACUAAGCGAUCUAGUGUUACACUACGCACAUAAUUCACUCAUCCCGCAUAACGAAACACUGGACACCAAACUGAGCAUACCGGUUGGCUGCGUCCAUAGGAGAUGACACAUACCGGAAUGAACCGGUUUUAAGAGGCGUGAAAGUUGUGGUGGUUAGGCUUUGUUCCACGAUCUUUUGAAAGUAUCCUGACAUAAUCAUGCUCUUAUCCCUUACUUUCAAACGAUGUGUUCAAAGCUACGCAAUGAAUUUUAAUAGGCCAGUCGUGCGCCAAGUUUAUAUCCCGUUCUUCCAUCGGAUACUUACUAUUUGCUCUCCCAAUCAAGUUACGAUCUGAUGCACUUACGUUAUGUUCCCUAGCUUCGAAGUCAAAUUACUCCUCUCAUUGUAAACCGGCUGUUUGCACUUCGUACACGUUCGCAGCGCGUGUACGAAGUAUAUAGCAUUGGCUGACAGACCUUUCGCUUAUAUGCGUUGGUUGCUGUAUCUCCAAAAAAGGCAAUGCUUGGCUGUUACGCAAUCACCCAAAACACGCUUUUAAUGGAUCGCUGCUCUUCGGCUGCCUACGCUAAUUUUGGUAUCCAAACUGAGUGAUACACCAGUCGCCUUUUUCUUGAUUCGAUUGUAUUUUUCCGUCGUUUUCACUUGGUUUUACUCCCGUGCCUUUGAAAUUCUUAAUUCUGUGUUUUUAUUAUAUUUUAAUUUCCUCUAACCAGAAGAUGUUACCGUCGUAGAGUGUUAUAGCCUGACAUGUUCUUUUGCCACGCCCUGCAACAUUUACGAUGAGCGCAUGUGUCGUCGGCAAUUUCUUACGCCUUAAACAUUGUGCGCAAUACUUAAUAAUUCUCCGGGCAAACAAAUCAAUCUGGAGUUACGAAAUGAAAAGUUCUUUCAGUCGAGCCUCAAUUUGAAUACUAAGAUUAUUUUUCUUUUUUUUCUAAUCACGAAAAACCAGUGAUAUAACACAAUUAUUCACGUAAAAAUAUUCCUCAAAUCUGUGCUAUUUUUCCUAAAAUUUUAUGACCUACAGUAGGGUGGGGGAAGAUAGGACACCUUUUCAUUCUAUUUUCUCGUUCCAGUUAGUAGUAAACAAAGAACAUUCGAAGAAUUAUAAAACCAUACGACUUCCAUAAACCGUUGUUUAUUGUUUAAAACUUGAUCAGGAUAUUUGAAUAUUAGGUGCUAAAGGUGUCCCAUCUUCCCCCGCAGUACUAUAUAAUUUGUUUCAUAACAAAAUGACCUAUAAUUAAAAUCGUGCUUUAUCGCGAAAAUUUAAAACAGUCCAUCCGCCAUCUUGCUUCCGAAGCUUGCUGUUUUGGCUCGUUUCUUAUUCGAAUGUCUGUGUAAUAUUGCAAUGCUGAUUUUUAUUGUUGGUUCCUGACAAAGGGAAAUAUGUUUUAAUGUAAUGUAUAUCCCAGUAAGCUAUUAUACGUAAGAAGUGAAAAUAUAUAACGCGCUACAACGA